GUGGUAAGGCUGUUGUUGAGAAGCCAGCCUGCCAACUGCGCUCUCUCCAACACUGACGAGGAGAAGGAGUAGAACAAGUUGCCAACAGUGAAAUUUGUACCUCUCUUUCGUGUGUCGGACAUGUUAAAUAAAAUUAUACAGUGUGAACAGUAAAUCAAGGAAGGUUCGACGACCGUUGUGUUUAUGAUUCAAAUAAGCGGGAUUUCUUUCGGAGAGCGGGGUUGUUCAAUGUGCAAAUAUAGGUUUGAAAAAGAAAAGAAGAGGAAAUAUUACGCGUCAUUAAUUCUUUGCACUGAAAAGUAAUUUACACCCAAUUUUGUUUGAAGAAUAUAUUUACGUACAUAUUAAAGAAGUGCCUUUUAUUUCUUCGGUGUGACUAAACUUGAAUUCACAAUCUCAGUGUGUACUUUAAGUGUGCAGUGUUUCUUCUCUGUGUCUCAGAAAAAUAAAACAAAAGUGAAAAGAAGAAAAUCUUUAAGAAUGAAUUCCUACCGAUGAAGAGGCUUUUGCUUUGGACAUAAAAUUGAAUAUAUCCCUCGUAACUUCUCCCACGAUUUAGAUCCUGUAAGAAGACAUGAAGAGAAAGAGACUUCUGUUGUCUUGGAACCUCUUGGCAGGGUUGCUGAUGCUGGCGACACUUGCCGAGGGCCUCAAGGGAACUGCACUGGUAAUCAGUAAGUUGAAGCAGAAGCCCAUAGAAACGACGGCAGCGGCUCAGAGCAGGAGUGCAGAAGAAGAGGCUGCUGGCUCCAGUCCGGAGAAUGCUCGCGACUCCGUGCCGCUAUCUGCAGGUGGCGAAGUCAACGUCACUACCACCAAGUCUCCGCUCACGGGGAUUCCACAGAUCGACUAUGUGCACGACCCCAACCUGCCGAGAGAACUGAACGGUUAUAACCUAACGGAUUAUCCCUUCUACGACCGUGUUCCUGAUGAGAUUGAUUUCAAGUGUGAUGGGCUCCACGACGGUUUCUACGCCAGCAUCCCGCACAAGUGCCAGGUGUACCAUCACUGCCUGUUUGGAACCAGGUACGACUUUUUGUGCGCCAACUACACGGCUUUCGACCAGAAGACGUUCAUUUGCCACUUCGUUUCGGAAGUCGACUGCGCCAACUCGCCGAAGUACUUCAAACGGAACGAGGCGCUUUACAAGCAGGCUACGACAACGGUAGCAACCACCACGAAGGCGGCUACGCAGCCUCCCCUUCCUGCACGCCGUCCUCAGCCAGCACCGAGACCCGGUAGGCGGCGUCCCUACAGACCCCGCCGUCCCGAGUACGACUAUUACUACGACGAUGACUACGAGGAUGACCCUGAGUACUACGAUGAUGAGCUGCCGGCUCAUAGAAGCACGACUGCAGCGCUGCCAUCGUCGCAUGUUGGCAACGGUCGCCGCAGGAAACACCGUCGUCCCCAGAGACCUUUAGAGGACGACCAACGCCGUCCUGUGUCAGCUCCAUCGGCAUCUCUUGACCAUGAGGACGCGCAACCAGAGGCAGACCUUAAGCCACGACCCUCUGCUUCAGUGUACGACAGACCCCGCGUUCCGCCAAAAAUUAGGCGCCCAGUGCCCUUAAACGAACGAGACAAAUAUGAUUACACAACACGAAAGUCACCUGCAAGUGGAGCAUCAGCUCCUGAGGAACCUGUCGAGGACACUUAUUCCAGACCCAAACACCAGGUUCGUCCAACGGUCCAUCGGGAAGAUGAUUAUUAUGACGACGAGGAAUAUGUACCUCCAGCAAGGAAUCCUGUAAGCAGUUCCAGAGUAAAGAACUCUGACCCUUACCAUCAAACUGCAUCAGAUGACAGGGAUAUAGUCAGAAGACCAACAAUGACAGGUGCUGGGCGCCCUCUAAGACGCAAUCGACCUGGAGGAUCUGCAAGGAGGCGCCCUGCAGAGACUACUCAGUAUGCUCCCUUACCUCUUGAAGGUGAAGAGGAUGACUAUGAUACAUCAUACGAUGAAGAACCCAGGAGACCUGUACGACCAGCUAAUGGAAGAAGGAAACGGCCACCGCAGGGUUCUGGGAGGCAGGAAGACUACUACAGACCCACAACACAAUCCACACGACAUGAUCCUGAUUAUUCACAACAACCAAGGGGUGGGCAAUCUCCUAGAUAUAGGGAUGAGGAAGACGACGAGCCUGUACCGGCACCCAGACCUGCUUACAUUAGUACAGCCCCAGGGGGUAGCAGCACAAGACAAAUGCACAGGAAGAGAGUUCAACAACCAGAAGCCACUGCUGAUGAAUACAUACAUUCCAGAUCACAGGCUUCAGAAUCAACGGCCUUUAGAAGACCAGGUGGACAACGCAAACACGCCACACCAGCUAGACAACCUGAAACACACUCUGAAGAACCACCAGAAGAAACAGAUUAUUAUGAUGAUGAGGAGUUGCCUGAAGAAAAUUACAGAAACAGGCAGUCACAGUCACACAGAGGUACUCAGGUGGCAGCAGGACCCUUACAACAAACAGUUACUGCACUUCCACCUCCACCAACCACAAAAGCGAGUGCUGAAGUUGAAGAAGAUGAUAUAAUCUCACCACCGCAACGAUCUGGAAAUGGUAGGAGGCCGUUCUUACCAAGUAGAGGAGGAAAUCCAAUAUUGCCACGUGGUUUACAACCAGUUGGUGUAAAAGCUCCCCAGCAGACUCCUAAACCUGGAACCUCAAACGAUGACAGCACACAAGAUAAGCAAAGCAGAAUUCCACAGCCCUUAACAGCUUCAAAAUAUCAUCCCAACAUAGAGGAGGAUGAUUAUGAGGAAGAUCCUCCAGAACAACGAACUGUGACAAGUACAGGAAAUUCACCAGACAUUUCCGAUGCUCUGACAUCAAGACCAAUCUCUCAAAGCAACUACAAAUCUGCAGGUAAAAGAGAUUCUCAGAGUGACUCUAUUCAAGAGGAAAUUCCCAGAAGGGUACAGUCAGGUAACACUGAAUACCGAAGCAAACUGAUUGAAGAUACCCAACCUAGGAUUUCACCAUCUCCAGCAGGAAAUUUUCGAAACAAACAAGCAACUUCGGCAAAUGUUGGUGAUACUGCCAACAGGAAUACCAAUUAUAAUAACGGUAAGUACAAACCAAAUUCCCAGGAAUCUCUUGAAGAGAAUCCAUUCCUGCCAGUCACGGGACCAAGUUCUUCAAACGCAAAGACAUCACCACCCAUAUUAAAUGGUGGAAGGGACAGUAGACCAAACCAUCAACAAAUAUCUCAAUCACUGAAGACACCUGCAGUAGUCACAGAAGAUGUUAGAUCGGCGGCACCACCUGGUGUUCCGAAAAACGCGCCAUCAUUCGCCAUCUACAGGACAACAGCAAAGACACCCAUUAAACCUUCAGCCAAUCCUCCACCAAGAGUACCUGAUUUGCCAGCACGAACGAAAUUGGAUGAGAUUGAUGAAUCAGAAUAUGAUGUGACUUUGAAUGAUGCUUUACAUCCAACACUGCAUCCAACAAGAAGUGUUGCAACUGGAAUUGUGGCUUUCCCACAACAGCCAACAUUGCAGAGGGUCCAGGUGUUUAAGACUAAGAUUGGAAUAUCAUCACCAUCAUCUCCAUUAUCAUCAUCAUCUUCACACCAAGGGGUUGAAGCUCUCAGUAAUGAACCCUCAUCUUCUUCAACAGGUGGCCGUGGGUAUCUAGUUAGCUCUGCCUCCCAGACACACAUAACAAGAGCACCUUAUGCUUCAUUGAGAGCUAAUGUGAAGGAUCCGAGGCUGGUGGUCAUAGACCCUAACACAAGAGAUGGACAAGUGGCUUACUUACAGCAGCAAGGUGACACAGUCCAGUAUAACGCCCAACAGGCGAGGAGGAGAAUACCUGUCACACAGUACGAUGAAAAAGUGCCCUCUCAUGAUGACAACCCUCACAGGUAUACUCAGGUACAACCACAAUACCAAAGAGGUGUUGCCAACCAUGAGAGUGUGCCUUUGUUGGUGGUAGAUGACAUUUUGUACAGUAAUGAAAGACACAGGCAAAGUUGGAGUCAACAACAGGGAGGGGAACCGAAUGUAGAUUAUAUUACACAUUACUGAAAAAUAAAGGAUUUAAAAAAGAAAACAGAUCCAUUAAAAUUAAAUAUUUAGUGAUCAUACAAGGGACUUAAUAUUUCUCUUUAAGUAGACAAUAACAGACCAUCACAAAUUUACUGAGCAGUCACUUGACUUGAAUCUUUCAUGUUACUGGUCUCUCCUCUAAUUUCCAUUAAAUUACAUUUUAACAUGUUCAGUGUUGAUUAUGCACGUUACCAUUUUAGAAGCCAGAUUUUAUGGUAGUAUUUGUAUGACAGCUGAGUUCAUGACAUAAAAUUGCUGAGUGAUUUGAAGUCCUAUAUAUGCAAUGGAAAUGUGACUUGCGACUUACUAGUUAAAUUCAAUGUGAACUUUCACAGAUGUGCAUAUGUGAGGCUGUGCACUCUCCCCUUACAAGCUGUGUCCUCAUCUGAUGAGUUAUUAUUAAUCCAGAUUUUUACCGUUUACCUCAUUCAGACAUAUUUUAAAUAAGCUCCAAUAACUCAUGCAUAAAUAUUAUAAGUUCCCCAUAAUUUAACCAUUAAAGUGUAAAUAUAUUUUAUCACAGUUGUUGUCAGGAAUGAUAUUCUGAAUAUCCCUUGCAUGAAAAUACUCGUAUCAAACUCCAAUGUGGAAACACCACAUUCUGUAGGACAUUCUUUAUAAUUAAGAAAGCACUUUUCUGUUAUGCAAUGUUUAGUAUAAAUAUUGAUGAAUUACUGCUCAAGCUGUUCCAUUGAAUCAUGCAGAAUUGGUCAAAAUUUUGUAUUAAUUCUUUGGCACAUAAGUGUUCAUAAAAUUGAAGCAAAUGAUCAGAAAUGCUCUCUCAUUUCACUGUGUACCACCUUGUCUUAGCUACUGUGUGUGUGUGUGUGUUGUGUAUGUUGUCAAAAUAAAUGCUUGGCUACAAUGAAAUAUGCCCUGAAAGUAAUAUGUUAUUCAACAUAUUUAUUCAUGCCAGUAUGAAUUUACUGAUCAUCCCUACACACAUAUGGCAUGCUUUUACAUAUUGCUGUAAUAGCCCGUUUCUUGUAAUCUAUUUGCUUAGAAAAAUCAGGCUAAAAUAGUGAAAGUCUUCCCCUCCUGUUAUAAUUAGACAACACUGGUUUUUGAAGCGGUUCUUUAUGUUAGUAGUCAUUAAAGUGUGGUCCAUGAUGCUUUCAGUAGCUCUUCAGCUGGUCCAAAAUGCAAAAAACUACAAACAGGAAGUGAUUAAGCAUGGAUCCAUACCUCUAAAUUUGAAACUUGAUAUACCUGUUACACAAAAUUUACCACUGUUCUUUUCUACAAAUUCAAGUUUCAUAAAAUAUUUUUUAGAAAGUAAUUUAAGAAAAUAUGGGUCAAUAGUCUGUGCCCUGCUCACGUGGACGAUGGAAUGAAAAUAUAUUACAACCACUGAAAGGCUGCUUGAAGCCACUAUAAAGAAAAUAAAGCACAUCACAUUAUAUUUUAAGUCCAGUGCUUCAGGCUCUACUUCUUUCUUUAACACAAAGAAACGGUAACAGA